AUGAAUUGGAAAUUGCAUUAAUUAGCUUUCAUACUUUAUAUUCCCAAAAAUUGACUUAGUUUUGAUAUAUUUUUAAAAACCAUACAAGUUCAGUGAAUCUUUCAAGCACACCUCGCAUAGUUUUGCAUGCAGUAAGUACCGUUAUGGGCACUCUUGGCCAUUUCAAUGCCAAUCACGCAUGCGCGCAGCUUAAGAGAGAGGCAGAGAAAGAGCAGCGAUCGCCCAACAUGGACGUUGGAGCUCCGAAAGAAACCCAAACCGCGAUAACGGCGGCCCAAAGUCUCACUCAGUUUACUCAGAUCGGUUGGACAGUGCGGUUCGUUUUUUGAUUUCGGCUUCGCAGCGAGAGCUAAGGAAAAAGUUGAAAAAAAAUAUACAUAUAAAAAACGCCGGAACUGCUGCCUAAACCAGUUUUGGCCAAGUGAAUACAACAACAAUAGCAGCGAAAACGCAUGCAAGUGACGAAACGACCUUAAGCAAAAGGAAGAAAAAAUUAAAAACAAUUUACUUGGCUCUCAAUUAAACAUAUUUUACACAUACUCACAGUAUAUAUAUUUAUUGGGAAAUCGAAGAUCUUCGAAGUGACGCAGCGGGCCCAGGAAAAAAAAACCCAAAAUGCAAAAUGAUGCGGCAUGAAUAAGCGUCCAAGAUUUAAUCAAUUCGAAAAUUGAACAAAAAGCAUAAACGUGGCUUAGGAAGUGGGAGUGGAUAAAACAAGACCGGGCCAGCACACAAGAGAAAGAAAUAAAAAUGACAUUGAACAGCAACAAAGGCGGCAGCAAUGUUCUUUGUCUGCGAUUGCAGCAACAAUUACUGCUGCUUGUUGUAACACUUUUCCUGCUUUUCCAUACCUCCCUGGCCGAGGGCGAAGAGGAGGAUGGCCCAUAUCGCGGGAAAUACCUGGGAAAACUCAACUCAUACCAUCAUCAGGUGUCUGGGGAUGUUUACGCUGUAAAUGAGUUCACUUUUCUGAUUGUGGGCUUUAACUAUGAUGGCAACGGGGCGGAUACAUUCUUCUGGUCGGGUGCUAGUAAUCGCCCAGGACCUCAGGGAUUUAUUGUGCCCGAUGAGUAUGGCAAAACCAACAUCCUGGAUCGCUACCACAACAAGGACUUCACGCUGACACUGCCGGACCGCAAAAAGAUAACGGAAAUAAAAUGGCUGGCGGUUUACGACCUAAGCAGUCAGAACAACUUCGGUGACGUCUACAUUCCGGAGGAAUUUGAACCACCAAGAGCCCAGCUAGGCGGAACUUUCUCCAAGCGGAGUCACAAUGUAAGCAGCAGCAGCAUCGAGAUCCUGGACUCUAAGACCAUUCGCAUCAAAGACUUUACCUACGAUGGCCGUGGCAAGCGCACCUUUUUCUGGACAGGAGUGGGUGCACAGCCUUCUAGUCGAGGAAGCAAACUGCCCGAUGAGCAGGGAUACCUGGAUCCUAUAAGAAGGUACAACAAGGAGACCAUUGAAUUGGAGCUGCCGGGAGAUAAGACCAUCUUUGACAUUGAUUGGAUCAGUGUUUACGAUGUGGCCGAUAAUGAGAACUACGGUCAUGUGCUGAUCAACGAUGGACUGAAUGUUCCACCAUCCUUGGUGAAAGUAACUCCUUUCGAAUUCUCGCUGCCCAACUGCCGGCAGUUGCAUAAGGAUAUGCAGGUUUCCUGGGAGGUAUUCGGACCACAGAUCACAUUCCAACUAUCUGGUCAAGUUGAAGCCAACGAUUAUAUGUCCUUCGGCAUUUCUGGUUCUGAUGUAUCCAGUCAGAUGAUUGGUUCCGAUGUUGUGGUGGCCUAUAUAGACGAGAUCCGAGGCUACACCGUAGAUUACAAUAUCACUUCGCUGGCACCUUGCGUCCAGGUUUUGGGCCAGAACAAAGGAGUUUGCCGGGAUGAUGUGGUUGGUGGAUUGGACAGCUUCCAGUUGAACACAUAUAGCCGGAAGGAUGGAAUUAAUACCAUCAGUUUCAGGAGGACUCUAAAGUCAUCCGAUGAUGGAGAUAAGGAAAUCUUCUUAGACCGCAGUAACUAUGUGGUUUGGGCAUUUGGCCAAUUGGAUUCUAACAAUGAGCCCGCUUUUCACACUUACUACCCCAAGAGUGAUAUAGUAAUUGAUUUUAAUACCACAGAACCGGUCAAUGAUUGUUUUGCCUUCACCAAAAAAAUGGAGACACCUACUCCUCAAUUAUGGGAGCGAACCAGGAUUACAGAUGCAACUGUACGCACCUUCAAUGCCUACUUGGGACCCUCUGGCGGGCUUCGUGGCUAUCAGGGAUUGACAGGUCAUGUGUCCAGCGGCCUGGCUUGGUACAUCAACGGCUAUAUGAUCCCAGAACUUUACCUGAAGCGUGGUCUGACCUACACAUUUAAGGUUAGGGGAGGUAACAAUCCACACUCCCCAGAGCACUAUCACCCGUUGGUCAUCACCGAUGAUCCUCAGGGAGGCUAUGAUCGUUUGUCAGACGCCAAACAGAGUGAGAUUCGUGUAUUGGCUGGAGUGGAAUUCACCAGAAGAGGCAGACCCAAGCCCACGGCUGCUGGUCCCUUGUGCUUGUCAAGAUAUCCUCCGAGGUAUGAUCGUCGUCUGGAUGAUAACUUCCCAUCCUUCAAGAAGUUCAAUCGAUCUUUGAUCACCGAAUGUGUGGAUGAGGCACCGGCUCUGUUGGAGAUUACACCGAAUAUCACUUGGCCGGAUACCGUUUACUAUAACUCCUUUACCCAUGGUAAUAUGGGCUGGAAGAUUCACAUCGUGGAUAGCUACACCAAUCUGAGGAGUGGGGCGAAGGCCAUAUCAUGGUCGGUAUGCUUCCUCCUGCUGCCUUGGCUGGUGCUUUAUCAGAACUGACUGUUUUUCUCAUUCUUAGAUUGUCCUAAUUAGUGUCUUAGUCUAAAUUAAGCAGUCACAAUCUAUGUAUUAAAUACGCGUGUGCAAUGUUGUGUAUAUUAUUAUUUAAAAGGUAUUUAAAUACAGAACUGUGUUGUACUUUAAAA